CUCUUUAACGUGAAAUGUCAAGUGCGGCUGCAGGAAUUUUAAAAACAUUGCAGUUUUCAUAAAUAAAAAUCGAAAUAAAAUAAGAAAAUUAUAAAAUAAAUUUAAAUAAAUAAAAUGAUACUGCAGCGUUUACAGUUAUUGCGUAAUGCAAAUGUAUUAAAACAAUUAAACACACAAAACAAAUUUACAUCAUCCGGUAUUGGAGCAGUAUCAGUUAUAAAUACUAGAGGUUUACAUGUAAGUAGUGAUAAGAAAUGGCAGAAAAGUGUAAAUCAACAAUUACCCCUGAUGGCUUUGGCUAUGCCUAGCAUGGCUGUACGUUAUGCCAGUACAGAAGGUGCCUCCAAGACCUUAGUCGAUUUGGCAGAUAUCCCAGCGCCACCCGUAGCACCAGAAACCCUGGGAGAGGUAGCGACACAAGCGCUUAAUGCUUUAGGCGAACCCACAUUUGCUUCUAUUGGCCUGGGUGGUUGGUCACCUGUGGGUUUAGUGCAACACUGUAUGGAAUUUGUGCAUGUGACUUGUGAUAUACCAUGGUGGGGUGCUAUUGCCAUUGGUACUUUAGUAGUGCGUACUAUAAUUUUCCCCUUGGUUAUUAUGGCCCAGCGUAAUGCUGCCAAGAUGAAUAAUCAUAUGCCUCAAAUGCAAGUUUUGCAAAUGAAAAUGACCGAAGCCCGUCAAUCAGGCAAUGCCAUAGAUUCUGCUCGUUAUGCCCAGGAAAUGAUGACGUUUAUGAAGGAAAAGCAAUUGAACCCAUUGAAGAAUAUGAUUGUACCUUUGGCUCAAGCACCUCUGUUUAUUUCCUUCUUUAUGGGUCUGCGAGAGAUGGCCAAUACUCCCGUUGAUUCGAUGAGAGACGGUGGCUUAUUUUGGUUCACAGAUUUGACUGUAGCUGAUCCUACAUUCAUGUUACCCAUCAUUACAAGCGCUACACUGUUUUUGACAGUGGAAAUUGGUACAGAUAGUGCUAGACUGGCUGCACAAAAUAUGGGUAUGAUGAAAUAUGUACUAAGAGCCUUGCCCAUAGCUAUUUUCCCUUUCACAAUGAAUUUCCCCGCCGCUAUUUUAACAUACUGGGCUUGCAGUAAUUUCAUAUCUUUGGGUCAAGUGGCUGUUUUAAAAAUUCCUGCCGUACGUGAAUACUUUAAAAUCGAUAAAAUGGUGAUACAUAAAGCAGAAAACUUACCGGUUAAAAAGAAGAAAUUUGUUGAGGGCAUGAAAGAUUCUUGGCAAAAUAUGAAGAUCACCAAAGAAUUAGAAGAACGCCAGAGAUUGGAUGAAAUUCGCUUUGCCAAGGCCGGCAAAGGCCCAUUGGUUAAAACAUAUAAAUAUGAUCCCACAAAACCCCGGCCGACUGCCAAUAUCCAAGCGAAAAAGAGUAGUUAAGUUUAAACAUGUUAUCCCUUACACAAAAUUAAUUGUUUUUAUUUUAAUAAAACAAACAAAAAAAUCGA